AUGCCGGUUCUGGUUGAUAGGACGUCGAAACAGUUGAACUCACUUCAUCAAAGUAAACAGCACCAUUCCUUCUCAUCUUACCCCUCUUUUGAGUCACGUAAUCCCUCCCGCUGGCGGUCACUCUCCAUCCGGCGGUUGAAGCAGGGAAGCUCCAGCUCCACCGACACGAUGUUGGUCACGGCGGUAGUUGCCCUCCUCCUCGUUGUCACAGUCCACGCAAAGAACACAUUCCUGAUCACAGCAUCGCAGCGGAUUACCCUGGGACGGCCGUUCGUCGUCAACGUCAACAUCCUAAACUCGCGUGUUCCCGUCGACGUUGAUAUCAGCAUCGUCCAUUCCUGGUACAACGGGACGUACGUGAAGACACCUGUCGCCAACGUCACACGAAGAUUCAAACAGGAUGAGCCAGCCACUGUUACACUGGUCGCACCACAAGAAACUGUCAUUGGUCAUUACCUGCUGAGGGUGAAGGGAUCAGGAGGACUCAUCUUUCAGAGAGAGUCAGGUCUGUCUCUAGUCAGGAAGACCAUAUCAGUGUUCAUUCAAACCGACAAGGCCAUGUACAAGCCAGGACAGCGAGUUCGUUUCAGAGCUUUUGCCGUAUACCCAGAUUUGAAGGCGUACCAGGGUGCAUUAGAUGUCGACAUAUAUGAUCCACGAAACAACAGAAUUCGCCGCUGGGUGUCGCUGCACGAUAAGAAAAUGGUCAAUCAAAGAGACCUAUUACUUAGUGACCAGCCGGUCCUAGGAAACUGGAGGAUAGAAGUUUCCGCUCCUGAGUUUGUAGGAUUAAAGGAAAGAAAAACAUUCACAGUCCAACAAUAUGAGUUGCCAAAGUUUGAGGUGAAGGUGGAGUUGCCUCUCUUUGCUGUGAUAACUGACACCGACCUUUCCGGAACCGUCAAAGCCAACUACACGUUUGGAAAAGGAGUCAAGGGCAUGGUGGAACUGAGGGUGUUUGUCGGCGCCAUCAUGGGCCAGUGCGGGAACUUCGCAAGAUCAUUUCUGAAGUCGUUUCCAAUUGAUGGCAGUGCCCGGUUCUCGGUGUCCAUGGCUGAUAUCAAGAGGCUGCGAUAUUAUCUUGUCAGGCAAACGGUGACUGUACUGGCAGUGGUCAAGGAGGACCUAACUGGGAAGACACUCAACGGCUCCUCCACCGUUGUCUACUUCACCGACCCCAACAAGAUCACCUUUCUGGAUUCCAGUCCUAAUUACUUCAAGCCGGGUCUACCUUACAGGGCCUACGUGAAAGUGACCCAACAAGAUGACCGCCCAAUCUCUGAUGCUAACGCCACCAUUCAAGUGUACACGUGCGUUGACUAUAGGCGAACGGAGGCCAAUCAGAAUCGCUAUGAUUGCCACGCUUUCACCGGCAGCUACUCCCUGCCUAUGCUUAACCUCCGUAUUCCGGAAGACGGCGUUAUCCCGCUGGACCUUGAUAUUCCGGACAAUAUAACAACUGUUAAGAUUAGGGCUUACUACAAGAACGUCCACGCCUCCAAGUAUGUGUCAAAGAGUUUCUCACAGAGCGACACCUUUAUGCAAGUCAGGCUUCGCACAUUGAAUCUCAAAGCGGGUGACAACGCCGUGUUUGAAAUCAAGGUCACUGACCUGCCUGGAAAGGUAGCAUACGAGAUUAUGUCACGUGGGGUUGUGGUGAAGGGUGGAAUAAUACGCCAUAAACGCGGAGACAAAUCCCUCAUUCUCAACGUUCCCAUCCUCGCCACGAUGGCUCCCACGGCACAACUCCUCGUUAGUUUCGUCAAAUACGACGGGGAAAUCGUCGCUGACUCCAUCAGAUUCAACGUGGACGGAGUCUUCGCCAACAAAGUUGGUCUCGCCUACAGCGACGAGAGGGCGGAGCCCCACACGGAUGUGACAGUCGACAUCACGGCGGAUCCCCAAUCAACUGCCUUCCUUUUGGCCGUGGACCAAAGCGUGCAACUUCUCAAAACCGGAAAUGACAUUUCAACAGACCGGGUGAUGAAGGAACUCAGAGGGUAUGAUUACAACUACCGAAACGUUAACUACUUAAGAUGGGCUUUCCCGGUCCCAUCAUCGGGCAGGAAUGCCAGAGAGAUUUUCCAGAAUGCUGGAGUCAUUGUCAUAACUGAUGCACAACUGUACUACCCAGAACCCACACGCUCUUAUCGUAGCAAUUAUGCAUAUGGUGCUGAAUUUAUGCAAACUACUACGGGACCAAGACGUUAUGCGCGCCGAGCAUCCUAUUCCAGUAGAGGACAGAGUUCGAGACCGAGUCCGCCCCCUCCCAUCUCUCUGAAGAAAGUAGACAGGGUAAGAGAGAUCUUCCCGGAGACGUGGCUCUGGCUGGAUACCACAGUCGGGAAGGACGGCCGGGCAUCGAUCCAGUCAACCGUUCCUGACACUAUUACAUCCUGGGUGGCCACUGCCUUCGCCAUCAGCCGCCGCUCCGGACUCGGAGUGGCUCCAACCUCUGCAAAGCUUCAAGUGUUCCGGCCCUUCUUCGUCAGUCUGAACCUGCCGCUGUCCGUGGUGCGCGGGGAGCAGGUGGUCCUCCAGGCCAACGUCUUCAACUACCUGCCCUCAGAGCAAAAGGUAACCAUUGAGCUAAAGAACAACAGACAUUUCAAGAGCGUCGUUAUUUGUUCUGGAGAAGAAAACAAGCUGACCUCUGACCCCCAACGUCAGAGUUAUCUAGUCCGUCCAGGUGAAGCCAAAGCUGUGUACUUUCCAAUAGUUCCCUCAAUCAUUGGCGAUGUCGACAUCGAGGUCUCCGCCAGAACCCCAGCAGCAGCUGACGCCGUCAAGAGGCAACUGAGAGUGAAGGCAGAAGGUGUCCGCAGAGAACGGAACAUCCCUGUUCUCGUUGACCUGACAUCAGAAAAUGAGUUCUCCGAGACGAUUAAGGUUUCCUCUCCGCCUGGACUUGUUGAGGGGUCUGAAAGAGUUCGGCUCACAGUGACCGGUGACCUGCUUGGCCCAAGCCUUGAUGGGAUGGAAAACCUCCUGUCCCUGCCAACUGGAUGUGGGGAACAGAACAUGCUGAAGUUUGCUCCCAAUAUCUACAUCGCCAACUACCUUGAAGCGACCGACCAAAUGACAAAGGCGUUGGAGGAGAGGAUCAAGUCCUAUCUGGAAGUCGGAUAUCAACGUCAACUGUCCUACCAGAGAUAUGACGGGUCAUUCAGUACUUUCGGUGAGCGAGACGAGGCAGGAAGUGUGUGGCUAACUUCUUUCGUGGUGAAGUCGCUUUUCCAGGCUCGCCAAUACAUCUACAUCGACAACUCAACCAUUGACAAAGCCCUCAGCUUUCUCGGAAAUAUGCAGAUGAGUGAUGGCGCUUUCGUGGAACCGGGCAGAGUUAUUGACAGACAGCUACAGGGGAUCGAGGGCUCCGGACCAGGCCUCACGGCCUACGUGUUGCUGGCUCUUGUUGAGACUUCAGGACACAAUGGGCCAAGGGUCAACCACUUACGCCUCAAUAAGAUACAGCAGAAAGCUAUGGCGUACCUUGAGAGGCAGAACUUCCAGCAUUUGGCCCAGUACCCCCUGGCUGUCACCACAUAUGCCUUAACCAAAGCCGGGAGCAAUCACUCUGGAACAGCCUUCGACCACCUCAAGAAAGUGGCUAAAAACAAGAGGGGUAUGAUGUAUUGGGAUGUGAAUACCGUUUCCAAUAAGAGAACUGCCAGAGAGAGAGCUGAACCAAUAGACAUAUUGACGACGGCCUAUGGCCUAAUGACCUUCAUCUCCAUCAAGAAAUUCAGCGCUGGAAUGGGCAUAAUGCACUGGCUGGCUGCACAGAGGAACCCAAGGGGUGGAUUCAUAUCCUCUCAGGAUACGACUGUGGCCCUCGAGGCUCUGACCCUGUUCAUGGUUGAAGCGCAGCCUGACAACUACAACAUCAAACUCCGACUAACAGCCGGGGAUGAAGACAGGACCAUCACCGUCAACAACGACAACGCCCUUGUCCUACAGAGCGUCGACCUGACGUCCAUUCCAUCAAAUUUCAAAGUUUCUGCAGAAGGCACUGGCUUUGCCGUUGUUGAGCUGGGCCUAUUUUACAACAUAGUGUCUGUGGCUGACGACAGUGAGGUUUUCGACGUCAGCACGGUGCUCCUCGACGACACCAUCAACGGCUUUACUCUUAUGACAUGUGCCAGACAUCUCCAGAACGGGUCGAGUGGGAUGUGUGUUGAGACCAUCCAGGUCCCAUCCGGGUUUACAGCUGAUCUCUCCAGUGCAGGCAACAUAGCGGGACUUAAACGCCUAGAACAGACAGACGGUCAAGUCGUCGCCUACUUUGAUUCGGUUGGGAAGACCUCAACAUGCAUGAAGCUGUCUUGCUCCAGGGUGAACAUGGUGGCCAAGACCAAACCUGUGUACAUUUCCAUGGUGGACUAUUACAAGCCGGAUGACAACGCUGUGGUCUCCUACCAUCCACGAAGACUACGGAAGUCAGAUGUCUGCGAAAUAUGUCCCAAGUGUUCUGGCUGUGAUGAAGAUGAAUAGACUGUGGUGUUGACAGAUCAGCCCCAGCCUCUUCAUUCUUCCAUCUCGACACAUGGCUUGGACAUUGAAUAAAGGCUCAGUAGUGCUGUAUUUCCUGGGAGAAACAUGA